CUUAUCCUGGUUUACCAGAAGACUGAGAAAGCAGCUUGCUUUUGCUCUAUCGCAUACGCUCAACCCUUUGGAAAAUGGCAGCAUCAACCAUUACAACGCCUUCUAAAGCUUCAAUCGCCUUACUUCACCGACCAACGCCGCUUCGCACUUGGCCGCCCCGCAGAAGCUUAGGGAAACAAAUAGCGUCUGCGCUUCCUAGCCCCAGUUUUGAUUCCUCAAAAAUCGGACUAUCCAGUAAGGUGCAGGGGUUGCGCUUAAAACAUGACCAGAACAACCCUAAAGCUGAUAAUAAUCGACGUUAUCCCACUAUUGAAGCUAGAAGGGGAAAUCCGCCUGUAAUGCCUGCUGUGCUGACACCAGCUGGCCCAUUGGAUCUAUCAAUGGUAUUGUUUAGAAAUCGCAUUGUCUUCGUUGGACAACCAGUCAACGGACAAGUUGCUCAAAGAGUCAUAUCACAACUCGUAACACUAGCAACAAUUGAUGAAAAUGCUGAUAUUUUGAUGUAUAUUAACUGCCCAGGCGGAAGCACGUAUUCUGUGAUGGCAAUAUAUGACUGCAUGUCCUGGAUAAAGCCUAAGGUUGGUACAGUAUGUCUUGGAGUUGCUGCAAGUCAAGGGACACUUCUUCUUGCAGGUGGGGAAAAGGGUAUGCGGUAUGCAAUGCCAAAUGCACGUAUUAUGGUUCAUCAACCACAAAGUGGAUGCGGGGGUCAUGUGGAGGAUGUGAGGCGCCAAGUGAAUGAAGCAGUUCAAUCUCGCCAUAAAAUUGACAAAAUGUUUGCUGCCUUUACCGGCCAACCCCUUGAGAAAGUUCAAGACUUCACCGAACGGGAUUAUUUUAUGUCUGCUGCUGAGGCUAUGGACUUUGGGCUUAUUGAUGGGAUACUGGAAACUGAAUAUUAGAUGGAGGAUAUGAUGUUAUGAUGAAGUCAUCUGUUGCUGUGCCUAAAUACACCUAGCCAGCAGCUAUUUUGUCCUUGAAGUUUUACCUUUAGGACCUCCUUUUGUACCAAAAUUAUUUAACUCAAUGAAAGUGGAAUAUCUUAUUUAUUUGUAUUAGUAUAUUUUCAUUAAUCUCGAGGCCAAUGUGCAUUUAUUUGGCUACUUUAAUGUCA